AUGGAAAUCUUGCGGAAUCUAGGUAUAGCCCCAGAUACACGGAAGAGGAAAGUAACAACCACCGAAAAGAAAGUAAGAGAGGCGAAGAUGAAGAUGGAAAUCAAAAUCAGAAUCGAAAAGAAAAUUAAAAAAGCAAGAAAAGCCAACAUCAACGCCUCCUCAUGGCUGUCAGUGCGCAUGUCUGUUCUGCAAUGUUGUGCAGAUGCUGCUCGCGAGGGUGUGUCGACCUCACGGUGGCGAUCAUUGGCCGCGAUGAUCGACAAGAGCUUGGGCCGUUUCCGUGCAGCCUACGAGAAGUCACAGAGGGAGCUGAUUCUCCGCUUCGAAACUCUAGCAUGUACAUAA